AUGGUAAGACCAGCGAGAUCUGAACGGCCCAAGAUAAGGGGUUCAAAUAAACCAGCUGCAAGAAAACCCCCAGUUUCUCGAAUAAGUCAGAUAGGACUGUUGAAGAAGUUUGAAGAUAAGGAGUAUGCCGAGUCAUUAUUGCACGAGGUGGCCAAAAUGGUGGCACCUAUUAUACAUGAGAACAAUUUUCGAGUUGGGGUUCUUUGUGAAAUGUAUCCUAAGAAUCCUAACUUAUUGGGGUUGAAUGUUAAUCGAGGGUCCAAGAUCUUGAUACGGCUUCGAUAUGCUUCUAACUCCAGGCUGUUUUAUCCUAUUGGAGAUAUAGUGGGGACGUUUCUCCAUGAAUUGACGCAUAAUAUAUACGGACCUCAUAACGAUAAAUUCUAUAAAUUUUUAGAUGGGUUAAGAAAACGGUUUGAGGAGAUACAGUAUAGUUCCGGCAGUCUAAUUGGGAACUAUGUAAUGGUGGAAGAAAAACUAGGAGGCAACAGAGGAAGAUUUUACAAGUCUAUUAAUGACCGUCGUUUGGAAAAACUAGGACAAGGAAAAUUCAAGGCCGAAGUUCGAAAACUAGGUACGUUGGCAGGAGGAACUACGAUUCAAAACGGGAACCGGGUGGUCAAACCACCCAAGUCCGCACAAGGAAUACGGGACUUGGUCCUACAAGCUGCAGAAAGAAGAAUGAAGGAUUCCAAAUGGUGUGGAGAGUCCACGCAAGAGCCAUCCAAUAGCGAAUUAGAUAUUGUUGAAAUAGAC